AAUGGAUAGAGAUGGAUCCCCACGUCAGCUUGUACGUCUAAGGAUUUCUGCUCCAGCAGUCUGUCUCAAAGUGACUGCAGCUGAGUGCGCGGAGGAACUAUGAGCGGAUUUUUAUAAGAAGGGUUUUCCAGCAGCAGAAUAUGGAUUUUGAUGAGCGGAUCCCUGCCUCCAAUAUGUAUUUACCGAGCUGCACUUACUACGUCUCCGGAGCAGACUUCCCGGGUCUGCCUCAUUAUUUAACCCAAAGCCAGUCCUCUUGUCCCGUGACAUACCCCUACCAGUCCCCAGCGCUACCACAGGUCCCCUCCGUGAGAGAUGUUGCGUUCAGGGACUAUGGGAUUGAUGCCUCCAGUAAAUGGCACCACAGCAGGGGGAGCCUGACGCACUGUUACGCCGAGGACAUCACGCACAGGGAUGGCUGGACGACCCCGACCUCACGGGGGGGAGAUAUCCUGGUGAAAGGCAGCUCAAGCGCGGGACACUCAGGCGGCGUCACCACUUCGACGCCUGGGGGUUUCUACGGCAGCGUUGGUAGGAACGGAGUCCUGCCACAGGCUUUUGACCAGUUCUUUGACACCGCGUACGGGAGCGCGGAGCACAGCACCACAAACACAGCACAAGCGGCAGCAGAUUCGGAACGACAGGCAGCCAAAAGGAGCCCCGCACCAGCGCACGCAGGCUCCGACACGGCGGAGAGCUUCAGCCCCAAGUCUUCGUCCGGACACAGCGAGGACAAGCGGAGUAGGAGCAGCAGUGGCCAGAGGACGCGCAAGAAGAGAUGUCCGUACUCAAAGUAUCAGAUCAGGGAACUGGAGAGGGAGUUCUUUUUCAGCGUUUACAUCAACAAAGAGAAGCGGCUGCAACUCUCGCGGAUGCUCAAUCUGACUGAUCGCCAGGUGAAAAUCUGGUUUCAGAACAGGAGGAUGAAGGAGAAGAAACUGAACAGAGACCGAUUACAGUACUACACAAACCCUCUGCUAUAAAGACUGAACUGAGACUGUCGUGCAAAGAUGCAAAACACUUUACAGCACACAUUUACAUCUAACUGGACAGAAUGGCGACUUUUAAUGUGCGAAACCUCAUAAAGAUUUCUACUAUUUAUACAAUAUGUUGUCAUUAAACUAUUAUUA